AUGUUCACAAUAUAUCAAAUGAUGAACAAAUACAAACAACUUCAGUCAGCUAAUAUCAAUCCGGAAAAACUUGCUGACAAAUUAUAUAAGCCUAUUACACGUGAUGAGAUCCGAAAUAGAAUGAUUGCUAUUGCUAACAGCAUACACCUUGCUAAAGUUCUCGAAUUCGCCAAAAAAGCAUACACUUGUGUCGCCAUCGAUGAAGGCAAGACAUAUGAUUACCACAAUCUUGAUUUUGUCUUAACAAAUCCGUUGGAGCAAAUGAAGCCAUACCCAGUAGAGGCGAUAGAUAUGAAGGAUGGCCAGACAAGUCAGGAUUAUAAAUCCGCAAUAACAGCAGGAUUUAACAGAAUUGACAUUAGGAAAGUCAAGAUAGGUAGUGUGGUAGUUGACGGAGGACCAGCACAGUUAAAAUGCUUCAAAGAUACUUGGAAUGAUUCAUUCUAUCAUGACAGAGAUCCAAAAUACUACAAGAUAUUGCUUAUUCCCUGUUUGUGUCACAGAAUCCACAACAGCUAUCAAUAUAUUGCUGGCAAGAACAACCAGUUACAAAGUUUAGUAAAGGAUGUGCACAGAAUUGCAGAACUUUGUCGCAUUCAUGCUGACGAUAUAGGUGCACAAUGUCCACAGCAUGUAUCCACCAGAUGGAUAUAUGACUAUAAUAUAUGUGUCUUUAUUCUUAAGUACGAAAACAAAAUCAAGCAAUAUAUAAAUGUAGAUCACGAUAAAAUCGUACAAUUGAAAGAUUGUUUAGCUGUUCUUAAAAAGCUAAUCUUAGUAUUCGAAUCGGAUAAGGCAUUGUUGGCAAAUUGUUACAUUUGGCUUCGUAAAGCCAUAUCAGCUCUCAAUCUUUUGACAUCCAAUUUGCAUAAUGCAUUCGGAUCCAUCUUGGCAUCUUCAUUAGAUAGCUAUACCUUGGACUCUGACUUUGGUGGGCUAUGGUGUUUGACAUUCUCUCUCACGCCGAGAGGAAGGUUCUACUUCCAUAGAAA